UCGUGACUCAGUUCCCGACUUGGCGUCCAGGCAUUCAGACCCCUUUCGCGAGGAUAACGCCCAGGACCUCCCACGAGUAUUCCGAACAAUUAAUAAUACAAUUAAAAGUUUAGCGCGCGUACAUCCAUGGUAUUCAACUCGAUUCCUACAGGCAGUGCAAAAGAAAAAAACAAAAGUGCAGGCAUUAAUUAAUUUAAUGCAUGUGCACAAUAUCCUGGAAGUACAAAGAGGAUACACGAUAUAUACCCUUUACGCCGAGUGAGUGACUGGAUGUUCGAAGAAGUGUUUUAAAGGAUAGUGUUGUUUGCCGUGCACGAUGCCCAUAACAACAGGGCCCGCGAUUACCUUUUAAGACGCUUCCACCAAAAGUACAAUAGAGGAAACCAAAAUGUUCCAAGGCAGCACCAAACAACACAAUCGAUUGUCACGAAGUGACUAGGUCAGGCAAGAAAGCCCUAGAUUAUAAUCCCCCAGAGAAUCCUCAGGAUGCACCAGGUACUUAGCUACGAGACGGCGGUGCGGGCCAACAGCUCCCGCGAAUUCCGCGAAUACGUCUCCAAGCGCACGUGUGCCUCCCUGGUCCUAACGAUUGCCUUCUUCAUGCUGAUAUCAGGAUACUUGCUGGGCAAUUUUGUGGCCGAGCGCAAGUACCACAUACGCCAGCUGACAAAGGGCGUAGUUAAGAAUGCGGACGGCGAGAGAUCUGUGAAGCUGAAUAGCGCCGAAUAUGCCAGCCUGCAGGAGCUGCAAACGUAUCAGAAGGCCAAGGGCAAGCUACUGGCGUCCGCCCAGGAUCUGGACAAGCUGCAGCAGCUGGAGGAGACCGAACACUACCUGGCCACCUCUCUGAACACGGAGAUCUUCAACAAGUACAUAUCCUGCACGCAGGACAUCCCACCCAACACGAACAUAGCGGCCAGCCAGUUCACGGAGCAGCUGAUCGACAACACGGUGGCCAGGCAACGGCAGUGCAUGAGGAUCAUCCAGGGGGUCAUAGACAAUCACCUGGCCAACAGUCAGCUCUAGAUGCCGGAUUCUAGACCCCAGGAUUUACGGUUUAGUGGGCCAACGUUCGGAAUUUAUCAUUUAUGUAUGUGCUUUUAGGUGUGCUCAAUGUGUGUGUUUCCAGCUAACUAGAAAAUAACUUUUGUAAUUUACAAAACUUUUUUAUACAUGUCAGCAUUAAAAGAAAAACUAUAAAUAAAUAUGUGGUUAUUAUAACUAAAUAAUAAACUGUGAUAACUAAAUAUAUAUUUUUCUGAAAAGUAGUAACAAUACUAAAAACUUCUUACUACUACUUUGUUACUUACAUUCCUUGAAAAAUAUAUAUUUAGUUUUUAUGGAUUUUUAUUAAUUAUAUUGACGAUACAAUGAAUUUA